AUGGCUACCGCAAUGCCUAAAGCCUCUGUAGCCGACGGCAAGGAGAAAAUUUCCGAUCCCAUCAACAGGGUUGUUCCAAGCAAAGAGCACAAGUGGUGGCUCGAUAGCAUCGAUCACAAAAUCACUCCCGAGUGUCGUAGACUUCUCGAGAAUUAUAGCAAGAUCUCGCCGGAGGAUGUGCGUCAACACAUAUAUGACAUUCGUGAAAAGGCAUGGGCAAUUCGUCCAUACCCGUGCACAGGUUUGGGUCGCUUCCUUGAUAAUCUUUUCGCUCAGUCGCCAGCGUAUAAAGAUAUUGUUGUCCGACUCAAAAGCGGAGACUCAUUCAUAGACAUUGGAUGCUUCCUCGGCCAAGAAUUACGUCAAUUGGUGUGGGACCUGAAUGGUGCGCCUACAGACCAGCUCCAUGCCGUGGACAUUGUCAAUCAUUGGGACUUGGGCUAUGAGUUUUUUCGUGACAAGGAAACCUUUAAAGUCGACUUUUUUGAAGAUGAUAUGUUGCAACCACGUGAAAAGUUGAAGGCAUUGCACGGAAUGAUGGAUGUCAUUUUAGUGAACCAGAUCUUCCAUCAGUGGAAUUUAGAGAACCAAAUCGAGGGGGCUACGCAGUUAGUCAAACUGUCUCGAGAUCGUCCAGGGAGUUUGAUACUAGGUUACCAAGCCGGCGUGCCCAAGCAACGGGAGUUACUUGGCCCCCCUGGCUCUAAAUACAGGUGCCUUCUACAGUCCCCAGAGACUUGGAAGGAGGUGUGGGAUGAAGUUGGGAAGAGAACGGGAACACAAUGGAAAAUGGAAUCGAGACUGUUAACUUGGGAGCAACUCGGUAAUGAUCCCAAGGAGACAGCAUACAUGGGAACGGAUGUUUUGAUGAUGGAAUUUGUUAUUACCAGGGAGUAA